UUAAAACGGAACGUAUGUUAGCGGAAUCCAUUUUCUGCGUUGUUGUGACAUUUUGAUUUUCGCUCUUCUGUUGUGAAAAGGAAUGAAUACUAUGUUGUUUAACCUUGAAUUAUUUCAAAUAAGUGAUGAUUAAAUGUUGUUCGUUUGUAGUAUUCCACAUGAAAUAUUUCAUAUAUGCAUAGUAUGUGAAGAAAUACACAAUGGGUUGAAGUAGUGAUUGGCUGCGGCAUUAAGUACUCCUUCACUGUAAAAUACUAUUACAAGACUAUUAAAACUAAGCACGUUGUUAACAAUGGAGUUGGACGUAUCACCAAUGGAACCUGUUACUAAUGAGGUUGAAUAUUCAGAUAACUCGUCUGAGAGUAAAUACUUGGCAUGCAACAACAACGAACAGUAUACGGUAAUUCGCAUUCCUCAAGACGGUGAAAAAUCUAGUAAACACUCCUCACGAAAACAAUCAAAGCGUAGAAAAAAGAGCUCAAAUCAUUCUAGACCUUUGCCAAGAAUAAUAGUCAAACCAUUACCACCUCCUCCACCACCAGAAAAUCGAGAAUGGACCGCAGCAACGUCUUGUGCAGACACAAGUUCCUCUUCUAGUAGUAGACCUUCCACUAUGCGGGAAGUUUUAGCUAGUAUUCCAGGAUUUUGUAUAAAACCUAGAAAGCGCAGCAGCAAAAAGCUAUCAACAGCAGCCCAACUACAACAGACAAGAGAAGGCUGCAUAGACUUAGAAACUCCAGAUUCCAUAUUAGUUAACACAAAUAUAAGAGCUCUUUUAAAUAAACAUACAUUUUCGUUACUUCCUCCUUUAUAUCAGUAUAAGUUGGGACAAUUACUACCUAAUGUAGAUAGACCAAGCACUUCAGGCCGCUUAAGUUCAUCUAGUCUUAAUAAUGAAUUUUUUGCUCGUGCAUGCUUGGAGUGGCAAGAAUCUCUUUCUGGAGGUGAAUUUACUCCAGAAAAUCAACAAAAGAUGAAGAGUGAAGCAGAAAAAGAAAAAAGUAAGAUUGACCCAUGGAAGUUAAAACAUUUUGAGCCAUUUUGGGGAGAAAAAUCACAAAGAGAGAAAUCAUCAAUGAAUUUAAAUUCAGAGAGACCUUCAUUGAAAACAACUAUAAAACUUAGACCAACUGCUUCAAUAACUAGCAGCAGUACUGUUCCAAAGAUUAAAAAAAGCAAAUCUUCAAGCUCUAGUAAAAGAUUGCGUUCAGUUGGUGCAGUAACCAGGUCCUCAGCCAAAGAGGCUGAAGAAGCUGAAGAUGAGUCUGUUUUAGUAAGCAAUAAAUCAUCUGCACCUGUACCAGGUUUGCUGCCACUUAAACAUGUUAAGAGUCAAGGGUAUGUGGAAUGUCAGAUGGACUUUAGUUUCUCUGAUUCAUCUUCCAUUACUAGGAUAGAAGAAUCAGUAUCAACAACACCAGUUGAUCCCCUGCUAUUAGUAGAUAAUGACUCUGGAAAUGAAAUUAAACAAGAUUUAGACAUGUGUGUUGUUAAAAUUGAAGAAUCCAGUGCAUCUAAAGAUUGUGAUGAAGACAAAACAACAGACUUUGUAAACAACAUGCCAGAAGCAACUAAAAGAUUGAGUAAUGACAUAAAUGAUUAUCAAUUUUCAAAAAGAAUUAGAUAUGAGGAUGAUUACGCUGUUGAUAAUACAAGCUAUAUGACUAUGAAGACUGAAGAUCCAGAGAGUAACAAUGGAUCUGAUGUUGAAACUAACUAUAAUAAUGAACAAAUAUGUCAGAAUGAGGACCUUAAUCUUUAUUCUGGUCAGGAUCAAGGUGACACCAAUAGUGAGGACAGUAAGGCCACUGCUUCUGUUUAUGAGUAUGAUGAACAUAGUGUAUCAUCCAUUUCUAGCCUGAAGAUAGAAAACCAUUUAAAUAAUGUGUCUCUUGUAAAUGAAUCUUCUGACAAUAUUCCAAAUGAAUAUGAAAAUACUGAAACUGAAUCCCACGAAAUUACACCUAUUGAUAAAGAAAAUGUUAAGGAAUCUCCAAUUCAUGACAGCCAGGAUGAGUAUGUACCUGGGUUCCGGGAAACCGUGAUAGAUGCCUACAGUACAGAUUCACUACAGAAUAACAAAUCACCAACACUUGUUUCUAAAGAUGUGUCUUAUGAAAAAAUGGAAGUAAUUGAGGAUUUAGAUUAUUCAGCAGAGCAACCAAUUGAACACUCUACAAGUAAAAGCGAUGAAAACAAUACUGACAAAAAUGACCACAAAGUCAAAGAAACAGACGGUAUUGUACCUAAUUAUUAUGAUGAACAUUUCAAAGAUGCUGAAUCAUUUAUACUAGAAACUAGUGGAUUACCAAUAUUAACAUCUCAAAACGAAGAUGUCAAGUAUGCUCCCCAAACCAAUCUGAUGGAACUUACAUCAUAUAUGAGUGAAACAAAUGUAACAGCUGUUGUAACAAUGCCAAUGCCACAAAAUCCUUCAAUUCCAAUGAUGGAAGUUACAAAUACAUCAGUGGUUUCAUACCCAGACGAUCACUUACAAGAUCCAGCCAAACCUAAAAACUCUGCAGUGUCAUGGAAAAGUGAGAGUGAUUGGGUGCAAAAUGAAAAUGUUAUCAGUAUACAAAAUUUUGCAAACAUAAAUAUGGAUAAUACAAAGUAUGUGAGUGAAGACUCUAAAACUAGCAUGGAAGAUGUUAAUGUUAAUGAUGAAAAUUGCAUGUACAAGACAGAUCGUGAUACAAAUUAUAAUAUGGAAUCAUCAAAUUCAUCUGAGAGUUGCCACUCAAUGAAAGAUGUUUUAGUUAAACAGGAGUGUGAACCAACAGCUAGUAUGGUUUCCAGCACUUCAGUUACAAAUCAAUCAAUUAACUCAACUACAGUAACACAAAGUGUUAGGAUCCCUGGCAAAAAAUCUAAGUCUGGAAAGGAAUCAAACAGGAGUCGCAGCUCUAACAAAGUACCCCCUGGUGCUGUGAACCUGGAGCGUAGUUAUCAGAUCUGUCAAGCCGUAAUUCAAAACAGUCCAAAUCGUGACGCGUUACGCGGCCAGCUGCGGCCACCGCCUGCACUGCUCACACGACCCACGCGACCACCGCGGCCUCCGCCACCAGUGUUGGUCAGACAGAUACCCGCAUCUAUCAUACCUCAUACUGAGAUGAAUGAGAAUCGGUCAAAUAACAUGGGGCAAUACAUCCUUGUUCAGAGAACACCUAAUGUUGCUCCUAGAGCAUCAAGUGCUCCACCUUCAAAUCAGAAUUCUAAUGUAAAUGUUACUCGUUGUCGAAGUGUGGGCGCAGAUGACGCAUGUGUUUGUAACCUGCGUGCCAUGAUUCUGUGCAAGAAAUGCGGUGCCUUUUGCCACGACGACUGCAUCGGAUCCGCUGAGCUCUGUCUCACUUGUCUCAUACGCUGACACUAUACAGGCUCAUAUCCUCUCAAUCUUGCCAUACCAAAUACAACUUUAUAUUCCAAGCAUACACGUGAAAGGAUCCAAGCAGUGACCUAGUGACUUAUCUGACUGAUCAAGUUAACACAUAUGUGACAGUGUAAACAGUGGAAUGUGGUUGUAGAAAUGGUGGUGCUAUCUGUUAGAAGUGUGAAGUUUCAUUUUUUUUUAUUCAAUCAAAACUUUGACUGUGAAUUUUCAAAUCAUUAACACUAUCGUCUCUAAGACUCUUAAUAUUAAAUUGUAAUGUUGUAUAUAUAAUUAUAUCGGGCUUGGAAUGUGCUCCAUUUGGUCAAAAGUAUUAAAAUCAUAAGUAAUUAUAGAAAAUAUAUUUAUACAGGAUACAUUUAUAACUUUAGAAAUUAUUUGUACCUCCAUUUUAGCAAUAUCAUAACUUGUUAAAAUAACAUAUAUCACAAUUUAUUAAAGUAAAGAGUUAAUGUUAUGUAAUGAACUCUAUAUAAAUGCAAGCACAAGUUUAUUCUGUACUAAAUAUUAAAUUUGAUAUAUAAUAGUAUAUGUUCUUAUCUUUUAACUUAUAUACAAUUAUAUACAGGGCUAAGGCUGAAGUGAGGAUUCCAAGGCUGAAAUCUAUAACAUUAUUAUAAUACUUUGCUGUGUCCUUAACAUUUUUUCCAAAGUAUUGUUGUAAAGAAGUAAAUAAUUUAAAUUGAAAGAUAUCUUAAGCCUUGUAAAUCAUUAUAGA